CGCGUGGAGAGGCGGGGCCUGGCAGCAGGGGCCUGGCAGGGGCGUCGCGGCCCGAAGAGUGGUGGGGAGGCGGAGAGGCAGCGGCCCGGAACCAUGGCGGCAGUCGUGGCGGCGGCGGCGGCGGCGGCGGCGCGGGCCCGGAUCCUGCAGGUUUCUUCCAAGGUGAACUGUACUUGGUAUCCAGCAUCCUCUUUCUCUUCAGUGUCAUCUGUGAAGCUCUUCAUUGAUGGGAAGUUCGUUGAAUCGAAAAGUGACAGAUGGAUCGACAUCCACAAUCCAGCCACCAAUGAAGUCAUCGGUCGAGUCCCCCAGGCCACCAAGGCUGAAAUGGACGCAGCCAUCGCUUCCUGCAAACGGGCAUUUCCUGCAUGGGCAGAAACAUCAGUAUUAAGCCGGCAGCAGGUCCUGCUCCGCUAUCAACAGCUCAUUAAAGAUAACUUGAAAGAAAUUGCCAGAUUGAUCACACUGGAGCAAGGGAAGACCCUCGCCGAUGCGGAAGGAGAUGUAUUCCGAGGCCUUCAGGUGGUUGAGCAUGCCUGUAGUGUGACAUCACUCAUGCUGGGAGAGACCAUGCCGUCCAUCACCAAAGACAUGGACCUGUACUCCUACCGUCUGCCUCUGGGGGUGUGUGCAGGCAUCGCUCCAUUCAAUUUCCCCGCCAUGAUCCCCCUUUGGAUGUUUCCCAUGGCCAUGGUGUGUGGAAAUACCUUCCUAAUGAAACCCUCAGAGCGAGUCCCUGGUGCAACUAUGCUUCUUGCUAAAUUGCUGCAGGACUCUGGGGCCCCCGAUGGGACACUGAACAUCAUUCAUGGACAACAUGAUGCUGUAAAUUUCAUUUGCGAUCAUCCGGAUAUCAAAGCAAUCAGCUUUGUGGGAUCCAACCAGGCAGGAGAGUACAUCUUCGAGAGAGGUUCAAGACAUGGCAAGAGAGUUCAAGCCAAUAUGGGAGCCAAGAACCAUGGGGUGGUCAUGCCAGAUGCCAAUAAGGAAAACACACUGAACCAGCUGGUUGGUGCAGCUUUUGGAGCCGCUGGUCAGCGCUGCAUGGCUCUUUCAACAGCGAUCCUUGUGGGAGAAGCUAAGAAGUGGCUGCCAGAGCUGGUGGAACGUGCCAAAAAACUGAGAGUCAAUGCAGGAGACCAGCCUGGAGCUGAUCUUGGCCCUCUGAUCACUCCGCAGGCCAAGGAGCGAGUCUGUAAUCUGAUUGACAGUGGAACAAAGGAGGGAGCAUCCAUCCUUCUCGAUGGCCGAAAAAUCAAAGUCAAAGGCUAUGAAAAUGGCAACUUUGUGGGGCCAACCAUCAUAUCAGAUGUCAAGCCAAAUAUGACCUGCUACAAAGAGGAGAUUUUUGGUCCUGUUCUUGUGGUUCUGGAGACAGAAACUCUGGAUGAAGCCAUCAAGAUUGUAAAUGGCAACCCCUAUGGAAAUGGCACUGCCAUCUUCACCACUAAUGGAGCCGCUGCUCGGAAAUACUCCCACCUAGUGGAUGUAGGGCAGGUGGGUGUGAAUGUCCCCAUCCCAGUGCCUUUGCCAAUGUUCUCAUUCACUGGCUCUCGUUCUUCCUUCAGAGGGGACACCAAUUUCUAUGGCAAACAGGGCAUCCAAUUCUAUACUCAGAUAAAGACUAUCACAUCUCAGUGGAAAGAAGAAGAUGCCACUCUUUCCUCGCCUACUGUAGUCAUGCCUACCAUGGGCCACUAAAAGCCAGUUUGCUCCAAACUCUGUCCGUCCUAAGUGCUCUCUCUCUCUUCUUGACCCACUCCACUUGCCAACUUUGCUCAGGUCAAACACCUGGGGUUGGAAUACCUUGCAACUAAAUCUUUAUCAGACUGGUUACUCCUGGCAAAGUUGCAAUCAGGAGACUCCCAGAGUAACCUUGGUAUCAGAUUUUUUUUUUUUUACUUGCUCUUCAUAUUUUUUGGUUUUGAUGUAACUACUGUAACUGUGAAAUGCCUAGCUGGACUGAAAGCCUAGACCUGUUUUCUAAAAAAUGUCCCCUUCCUUGAUGAGGUGAAAGAAGGGAAGAUAAGUGUAUGUAAGAAAAAUCUUCCCCUGUAAAACAUUAAUCCCUCAGUAAAGAAAUUUUUUUUAAAAAAUCUUCCCAACAAUUAGAAAAUGCGGAAGUAGGAAAGAGAUGACUCCUUACCCUCUUGCCAUCAAACACACCCCCCCUACCUAUGCCUGUGCGGGAGACCCUCUGCCAAGAUUCUUCAGAUCUCUCAUUUAUCCCACACUACACCAGACAGAAUCCACUUCUACUUACCCACUUUCUUUUCUGCUGAACACCACUGUGUCUUAAUGGUUCUCCACCACUGUAUACCUGCUCCUUAAAUCACGUCUCAAGGAUACCUCCGCGUGCACGUAAGCCAGCUGUCUGAUGUGUGUGCCUACUGGUAAACUUCUGGCUGAAGAGCGUAAGCUUCAGCAUUCAAUUAAUACUUCAGUUCUGAAUUCAGGUGCAAGUAAUCUUUUUUCUUUUCAGUAAACUCUCCUGACUAGUUCUAGUCAGGAAAGCAGGGAAGACUCUUGCCUUAAGGAAGUUUAAUACUACGUGCUGAUUAUUUUAUGUUGCUCUCUUUUCUCUUACCUGCAUGCCUUAUUAGUGAUACGAUUUAAUGAAAAGAGCCUUACUGGGUGGUAAUUCCUUAGGGCCUAACAUAAUUUAAAGCUUUUUAUGACAGUGCAUUAAAAAAAAAAAAAGCUUCACCAGAUUCUUCUUUCACUAAUUCCAUUAUUUUUAUACUUUUUUUGUCUUCAGCAUAAACUUCAUGGAAGAACAGAAACUGCUAUGCCAAACCAAUUUUUUAAAAAUGUUUUUCAAUACAGUUUUCACCCAGUGGACUAGGCAAAAGUUCUUGGCUCUAGUAAAAUCAUCCCUGCACCCUCAACCAGAUGACAAGUCAUUUAUUUUUCUACUUCCUUUUUAGUCAUGUGCACAAUGCUCACCUACUCCAUGAGUGUUAUUUAAUGAAAUAAGGAUAGUGAAAACUUUACAACUAUUUGUGCAUUCUGGAUUUUAAACUGAUUACUACCACUCGAUGGAUAGACUAUCAGAAUUGUUAGUCACUUAAAUUACUUCCAGUCACUUGUUCAUCUCCCUUUCCUCUUCUUUCCUCCCUUCCUUCCUUUCUUUUAUUAUUAUUAUUUUUUUUUUUUUACCAGAGCACUACUCAGCUCAUAGUACAGUUCAUAGUAAUUCUAGGGAUUGAACUUGGGACCUUGGAGCCUCAGGCAUGAAUGUCUUUUUGCAAAACUAUUAUGCUAUCUCCCCAGCCACUUUAGGUGAUUGGAACUCUAAUAAAAUACAUUUAUGAACUUA